CAAUGUAGAACAGUGGAAAACCAUCGGGACAGCUACUCAUGAACUCCAUAUUUAUUUUUCAAACUUCAUUAAAUACUUUGAGCUGGAUUUCUAUUGAACAGAGUGCUAUUCGACGCUGCAAUAGGAGAUUAGCAGCUACACAAGUUUCUGCUACUGCCCGCAUUCCAAGUCUAAAAAGAUAAUGAACUUUUUCUGUUUUUCACUUAUCAAUCAAAACUGUAUCUAUGUGCAAUAUGCAAUUUGAUAACAUAUCCGUUGUACUUGCCUUGGCAGCCUAUGUUCUAUUUUGAUGCAAUUAUUUCUCUCAUUUAGAGCCCAACUAAUGAUGAUGAUGAUUAGGUCUUCCAUCAAAAUCCUAUUUGAAAAGAAUCUCCACAAAUGAAAGGCCCCUCUAGAGCAUAAUUUAAAAAGCUUACCCAAAUUGAGAAUAAAAAUGUAGGCCAUAAAGGAGACCUAAAAGACCACAGCUUUUUUAGCUAAAGUGAGGAUGUCCCUUGGCCACUACAAAAGGAAUUUCUAACCCUUUUGUAAGUCAUGGUUAUAAAGAGUGAAUCUAAACUUCUUGUUUCUGAAUAAACCACGUCCACAGCUACUGGUUAUACAUCAUUUGACACAGAUUCAACCAAAAGAUUACGAUAAUGACAGGGCUUGGCUCUUCAUGUGGAGCAUGCAAAUUCCUGAGGAGAAAAUGUACGAGUGGAUGUGUCUUUGCACCUUACUUUUGUUAUGACCAGGCCACAACCCACUUUGCAGCAGUGCACAAGGUGUUUGGUGCAAGCAAUGUUUCGAAGCUACUAUUACACUUACCUGUACAGAAAAGAAGUGAUGCUGCUAUCACCAUAUCUUACGAAGCACUGGCUAGAAUGAGGGACCCAAUAUAUGGUUGUGUUGCUCAAAUCUUUGCACUUCAACAACAGGUAGCAAGACUACAAGAGGAGAUAGAAAUUCUUGGGACCCAAAUGGCAAACUUUGUGGUUGCUGCCCCUAAUGGCAUAAGCACUCAAGCAACUACCUAUCAAAAUAACAAGUCACAAUUUGGUUCACCAUAUCCACAUGAGACCAUGAACACAAUGCAUUGUCAUCAAGCUGCAUCAGUCAACCAUACAGGAUACACAACUGGAAACCAAACUUUUGAUAGCCAAAUGAAUGGACAGCUGCCUCCAUAUGCAUGGGAUGAUGAAAACUUCCUCUGUGACUCUUACACAAACCCAUUUACAAGAAGCACCGAAGAAGUGGAUCCAGAAAUAUUUGCGAAUUAUCUAUGGUUGGAUAGUAGCAACAAUACCAUAAACUUGGAAGGUAUAAAUUGGGAAUAA